AUGUUGGCGCGUCGGCCGAGUGGACGGCGCUGGCGUGCACAUGCGCCGGACUACGACGAGGAGUUGGCGCGGGUGCAUCUGUUCAAGCCUCCGCUGCCGCCCACGCACACUGACAAGAGGCGGGUUGCUGUCUACUACACGUGCGAGCAGAUCGCGCUGUUCAAGCUGCUCAAGUGGAUGGACAAGAGCGCGAGGGAAAGUCGUCGCGUUGAAGCUGCGGAGGCGAAAAAGGAGGGAGGGGUGUCUACAACUGCAACUCAAGUCGGCCUCGGACUUGCAAACUGGAAGAACACAAUGUACUUGGAAGUGCUGCACUCGAGCUUCACGCCAGAACAAACUGUGGAGGUUCCAGGGAUGGACAAUGAAGACCCUUACAUGGCUCAACGAGCGGCAGCUCUCCAGCAGAAACACGCCUUCUUCUUUGCCACGGGCUGUUGUGUCUUCUGGGGGCUCACGAGAGAGGAGGAAGCUCGACGACUUAUGAUGCUGACACCGUUUUCAUCUGCUUUGAUGGACCAAGUCGACGCGCAUGACAUGGAGUUCAGCUACGGCGACCGAUCCAGUAUCGCGAAAGACUCGAUUGUGCUCUGCACGACGACCGUUGCCGAGAAGAUUGCGCUUUCGUUCGCGAUGUCACAGUCCGCUACUUUGGGGGCAUUCGAGACUCGGGUGGAAGAUCGAAUCCGCUCGACCAAGCACAUUCCGUCCAGUCUCGCGUCAGUUGGGUCCAUCCAGUAUUCUCAAGACGACACGUCCAAGCUGAUCGGCCAGCUAUUCAUCGAGCUGGCCGAUGUGAACAUCCACUCGAACAUUCUGGAUGAGCCCGAGUACUUCCUCAAGUCCCAGGACAACGAUGAUUUCAAGUAUCUAUACGAGAAAAUGCUUAAGUACCAGGACGUGUCCAACCGCGUGGCCAUCCUGAACAAGCGUCUCAGUAUCCUACGUGACUUAGUGGGUGUUCUGAACCAGCAACUAACCCACCACCAGGGGGCGAAGCUGGAGUGGAUCAUCAUCUGGAUGCUCGUGUUCCAGGUGAUCAUUGCCAUUGGAUGGGAAAUCUUCCUCAAGGACAUCUUAGGCUACUUCCAUUGGGGAUGA